UUGCGAAUCUCUGUCAGUCUGUCUGAUCAAGCCAGAAAAAUCAUAGAAAGAAAAAAAUCAGUUUAUUUUCCGGGAAAAGAAAAAAACGAAUCUCUCUGGGGAAAUCUGGGAGUGAAUAAAGUGGGAGGAGAGAGAUGGGAGAAGUAGGGAAGGCGAUGGGGUUGCUGAUAAGCGGGACGCUUGUGUAUUACCACUGCGCAUAUCGCAACGCGACUAUUCUCUCUCUAUUCGCCGAUGUACUCAUCGUUCUCUUGUGCUCACUCGCCAUCCUCGGUCUCCUCUUUCGCCAACUCAAUGUCUCGGUUCCAGUGGAUCCGCUAGAGUGGCAAAUAUCACAGGACACAGCAAGUAACAUCGUUGCGCGUUUAGCUAAUACGGUUGGAGCAGCAGAGGCUGUUCUGAGGGUUGCAGCAACAGGACACGACAAGAGGCUUUUUGUCAAGGCAAAUGCUCGUGUGAUGCACUUUCUUUUAGGUCGUGAUCUGCUUAUACUUUUUGUCAGCCCUAGGACGACUCAUAUCAGGUGUUACCGUUGCUUAUGCAGGACUAUGCAUGUUCUGUCUCUCCAUGCUCCUCUGUCAGAACUCUCAACCUCUUGGAAGCUGUGUACUGAAGCUAGCAAACGGCGAGGUUUUAGAACAAGAUGCACAUUCUGAUACAUAAUGUUGUUUUUUUUUAGUUUUCUCCUUUCUAAUGCUCUCACAUGUUGUCCAUAGCCUCAAAAAGGGGCAACCCCCUUCUGUACACACCAUUCGUAUAUUAGCUGGUGAAAAAUGUAAUGAAAAUUGAACAGCUUCACGCCAGAUCUUUGCAGAUCCUGAGACUGUAAAUUUGUUAUGCUUUUACGGGCUGAGCUACAAGCCUACAAUGCAUUUUCUUAUUGGGAUUUCA